AACGCGAACCUUUAACUCCAUCAUUUCUCUCUGGUCCAAAGUCUCCUGGUGAACCCGGGAGUCCAAACCCGUCCAGAACCUGUCUGGAUUCAAUAAAUGAAUCAAUACCAUGAUCAGGUUCUGCAGAGAAUCUGGUCCAAAGACGACAACGUCCGUUUGAAAGCGAAAACUUUAAGAGUUCCGACCGAUCAGAACACCGGACUAACGGGAGGUUCUGGUUCCGGCAGGCCCAGGAUGGAGACCCAGUCAGAGUUUUUCUUCUGCAGCGGAGCAGCCACCGAGGUUCUGAAAGUCGGUUCUUUUCAGCUGUCAGGAGAAAAAGUGCUGCUGCUCCUCAUCCCAGGAAACCCCGGGGUCGUGGGCUUCUAUGAGAGCUUCAUGCGGACGCUGCACGGCCUGCUGGGAAGGCCCGUCUGGGCGGUGAGCCACGCCGGCCACUGCGCUCCUCCGGACUCCAUGGACCUCGUAGAAGAUGGUGCGGCGGCGGCGCGACAGGACGUGUUCGGUCUGGACGGACAGAUCCGACACAAGCUGGCUUUCAUCCAGGACCGGGUCCCCAGAGGAACCCGAUUGGUUCUGGUGGGCCACUCCAUUGGCUGCUACAUGAUCCUGGAGAUGAUGAGGAGGAGCCCCGAGCUGGAGGUCCUGAAGGCCGUGCUGCUGUUCCCCACCAUUGAGCGGAUGGCCCAGAGCCCGCAGGGAAAGGUCAUGACCCCGGUGCUGUGCCAGCUGCGCUACCUGGCCUACCUGCCGCUCUUCCUGAUGUCGCUGCUGCCGCAGCGCGUCGCCGCCCUGCUGCUCCGUCUGCUGCUGCGCGGCGUGCCGGCGCUGGACCCAUGCGUGCUGCGGCCGUCGCUGGACAUGUUCUCUGGAGACUGUGCAGGUGGGUUCUACCGGGUCUCUGCGAGCGGUCAGCAUCUUUCUCUGUAUCACGCAACCUCCUAAAUCUAGUGGUCUGGCUUUUACCAUAAUAUUUUUACUGCAAAAACACAAAAUUUCAGCAAAUGUCUAGUUUUUAAUAUUUCAAAAGACUUGAAUUAAAAGAAAACCAACUUAAAACUAAGCUGUCAGCAAAUGAAGAAGCUUUUCCUGAUUAUUUAAAAAAUGCAGCGGCAGAUUUUGUCACAAAGUUAUUUGCCGUCAGAAACGUUCCAGUUGUUUUAUCGAUACGCAGGAACAGUGACUGUUUCUGAUAUGACAUGAAUACUAGACCCUCACUGAGCGCUGAGUCCUGCGUUACGUCGCCGCCAUCUUGCAUGUGGCAGCAGAGGAUCGGAGCUCCUUAAGUCCUGUUCUGUGUGUUUCAACCGUUUUACGAAACAAACUGGAUUCAUUGGC